GCUCAUGAAUGAAGUUGGGUUUUAUGUGAGUACUGCCUAUGGGUUGUUUUUAAAUUAUUGCUGUGGGCGCCCAUGGUACUCUCGUGUUUCUCCUUCUUUGAUUGUGGGUGCUUUACCACUCAAAAAGUCCUGGGAUAAAUGGCAGGCAGAUGAAAAUAUCACACAUAUAGUGAGCAUGUUGGAACCAUUCGAAGUAAAAUCAUUUGUCAUAGGAGAAAAAGAUGCUGUGAAUCAAGGCAUUAAAUAUCUCUCUCUACCAGUUCGUGACUUUGUGGGAGUUCCUACAUUUGAGCAGAUUGAUGCUGGAAUUACAUUUAUCAACUCUUGUGUACAAUCAAACGGAUGCGUGUAUAUUCAUUGUAAAGCCGGUCGUACACGUUCAGCAUUCUUAUUAACUUGUUAUUUCAUGUAUACAGAAUCUUUAAGUGUUGAUGAAGCGAUUGGUCGUGUCAAAUCCUGUAGAAAACACAUAGUUUUCAGGUCAAUGCAUAAAAUAGGUUUAGAAAAUUACUUCAAAUUUUUAAAUGAUAGUAAAAAAAGUGAAAAUGUAACAAGUUGAUAAUGGCUCGUUAUUCAAGUGUAUUAACUCAUCAAACUUUAAUACUUUUGGAAAUCAUUUCCAUUGGCCUGGCAUGCAAGUAUAAAUAUGCAUCGGACAAUCUUUUGAAUGUGUCUAAUCUUAAACUAUUGCCAAUUCUAAUCAGGGAAAAUCCUUUAUUAUUCGUGCAAUGUUUUCAACAAAAAAGUCCGUCUAUUUUUACGA